CGUCAGCAAUUUAAACAUAACCUUAAGUUUGUGAUGUGAUAUAGUAACCAAACAUAAUAAUUUGUCAUUAGAUUGGUAAUAUUUAACAACACAUAUGCAGACCAUUUUAUAUAAGACAAAAUAUAGUAAAAUAAAUAUUUGGUAAUCUAAUUAUUAAUACAUAGAGAAUGCCAAAGACUUUAAUGUGUUGCUUGCAGUGUUAUUGUUGAUAUUGGUUGCUAAAUCUCAAAAAGGACCUACAAAUGGCACCAUUGACGGAUUUACUCUCUUGUAGUAUAAUAGAGAAAGAUUGCAAUGGAGAUGUCUUAUGGACAUGGUCAUAUCCUGCAGUAACGGAAUCUCAGAAGACUGUAGUCACGAGAAAAUGCAACUUGAAAUUGGAACAUAAUUCUCCCCAUGUAUUUGUAUGUGCAAGACACAUCCAUGACUGGUUUUAUAUACAUUGCAGUGAAGUUUUUGACUCUGAUAAAUUACCAAAAGUGAAACAGUUUGCAUUGGUCCUUUUUGCAAAGGAUUUCAAUCCACAAAAGUAUGAAGUUCUUUCAAGGGUUCUUAGUAAAAUGUAUUGCAAAACUGGGAAACCAACAGAAAUUUUGCAAUUGUAUCUUUCUGUAUUCACAAAAGGGUCAUGUUCGACACAAGAGAAUGGAACAUUUGUCUCUGAUGAUUUUAAUACUCAUCGUUUUGCAGCCAGUACCAAUGUCAGAGAGUUGAUCAAAACAUUUGAAUUGGAAACAAUUUUAAUAUAUACUGCCCUCUUAUUGAAAAAGAAGAUAAUCAUAUAUCACCAUAGCUUAGAGCAACUUCUUAAGUGGAUAAGAACAUUUCCUGCAUUAAUGAAACAUAGGAAAGUUACUGACAACCUCUUUCCUUGGAUUGACUUGGUAAACGAUGAAUUAAUUGAAUUAAAGAAAUAUUCAUACUAUGUGGCAGGCUGUAGUAACAGUUCAAUAUCAUCAAGGACAGAUUUGUAUGAUCUACUUGUAAACAUUCCUGCUAGAGAAAUUACUGUAGCAUCGCAUGCAAAAGAAAGUCUCACAAUGACAAAAACUCAUAAGGAAAUAGCCUUAUUUAUGGUUCAGUUGUGCGAAAAUCAAAAUUAUACAGAGGCACAAAUUAUAUCUGAGAUAAGUGACAAAACGCAAGAUCUUCUAAAUCAAUUAACUUCGUUAGCAACAGUUCAAACUCCGGAUGGCAGAAAAAUGAUUUCCAUUGAGAUAUUUAGAGAAAAAAAUUUAGCACCGGCAGUAGAAAGUUUUCUUAUUAAUUUAGCUAUUGCUGAAAAUCUUUUUAUGUUGUGAUAAUAUAUAAGCUUUAUGAAUCAAAAUCUGUGAAUGCUGAGACACGAAGAAUAAGAAUAAAUAAUAAGAUUAUCAAUA